AUGGUGGCAUCCGCAGCCGAAGACAGGAAGGCGUGGUCGACUGAAGACCCAUACGAGCGUCUUCAAAGUGGGACCUUCUGCGCGCUCUGCUUCACGUGGUCGAAUGAUUGCUACUGGCGUUGCGACGUCUGCAAUGAAGGAGAUUGGGGUUUUUGCAACGACUGCGUAAACCAAGGGCGCUCGUGCACGCAUGCCCUUCUCCCGCUGGCUCAUCGGUUUGCCCUCCACUCUCCUGGGUCGCCGCCACCAAGUCCUCGCUCGCCGUCGCGCCCGACAUCCGCGACCAUGAUGGUGGGCUUGAACGCUACCAGCAUCGGUCCGUUCAAAGUCAUGACUUUUAUUACCACGUGCGAUGUCUGCAGAAUGCCGAUCGCACCCACGCAGAGCCGCUUCCACUGCUUCGCGUGUGUCAGCUCGAUAGUGCCGGAUUCUAGGCCUGGGGACUAUGACAUAUGCGAGCAAUGCUACCACUCUCUGGCCUCGAAUGGUACUAUCAGCCCAGAGAAUGGUCCGUCUGGCUGGAGGCGGUGUCUUCAAGGCCAUCGGAUGGUAGUGGUGGGUUUCCAGGACGGCAACGGGGGCCAGAAGCGCUUCACCGUGCAUGAUCUGGUUGGCGGCCGGCGGCUGCAGGUCGAGGCAGUUCCGGAGGAGACAGGCCUGCAGCGAUGGGUUUGGUAUGAAGGCGACCACAAGCGAGAGAGGCUCGUCGCCAAGGACGUGGCCCAAAGUAUAGAUGCGAGCGACACUUCUUUCCCACCUGAUGGUGGGUUUGGCCUGAAAGCCUGCGCGCGGUGGGCCUGGUACCCCAGCCCCGAGAAUAAUGAUGAGCUCCUCUUUCCAAAGGGGGCGGAUAUCACAGAAAUUGAGGAUGCGAACGGGGAGUGGUAUCACGGAGCAUACAUGGGUUCCAAGGGCCUAUUUCCGGCGCCGUAUGUGCGAUUAUUGGAGUAA